AUGGGGCACCUGACGACGCUGGGGGAAGAAAGGGUUAAAGGAGGCGCGGAGCGGGAGAGGAAAGCCUCCGGCCGGGGCUCGACCCGGACUGGCUCACGCCUGUUCCGGAGCCUGGAGGUGGCAGCUGAGCUGCGCGCGGUUCCGAGAGGCCAGAGGGACAGACAGAAAAUCCAAGCGCACUCUGCAGAGACAGCGGCAAAACUCCCAAAGCAAACAGCAGAGGAAGUUUGCUUUAGUGGAGACAAACUCACGACUUUGCUCUUUCAAAGCCUCUGUUUACAAGUCAAAGCUGAGGCUCAGGCGGGUUUCCGUGCACUUUCUCACCUCCAGAGAUGCCACCAGCGGGCCUGUCGCAACGAGGGGCUAGGAUGA